AUGCACUUCACAACAGCUGCCGCAGCGGCUAUUGGCCUUCUUGGCGUCAAUGUGGCCGCUCAAGGUCUUGGUCAGACCGCGAUCUGCCCAUUCGAUGGAAACCGCGGUCCGAAUAUCUUAUUGGCCGUCGUUCAACUCCCCGAUGGUGGCACCGAGAUAGAUGCUUGGCUCUACGGCUACAACUGGUGCAGCCACAGCAACUUCGUGUCUAGCUCAGGCGACAUCUGUUCCGAUACCGGAAGCAACGACAAUACGGUCGAAUUCAUGCACGCCCCAUUCACUAACAAGUUCGGUGCCUUCGAUCCCAUCUGCUACGCAAACAUCGAUAUUCAAUUCUUCGGAUGCGAACCCGGACAGAAUGGCGGCUUCAACUACGACAACGUUGUGGCGUGGAUUACAUCCAAGCCCCCGGACCAGAUCACCAACAGUGCCGUCGAUGCUGCACCCAACUUUGGACCUCAAAGGGGACAGUUCGGCCAGCCUCCGCAGGGUGCGAUCCCACUGUCCCAGGCGGGACCUGGACAGUUCAAUGGCCAACAAGGUGGACAGCAGCCGCAACAAGCGCCACAAGGUCAGGUCGGCAAGAGACAGCAGUCUCAGUCUCAGGGCGGCGUUGGUCAAUCCCAGAACCAGCAGCUCGGCGGUCUCCAAUCCAACAACGUGCCAGGCUCAUUCAAUCAACCUCAAGGCAUCAAUCCCCAGCAGCAGGGUCAGUUCAACCCACAGCAGCAAGGCUCGUUCGCUCCUCAACAGGGUCAAUUCAACCCACAGCAGCAGGGCCAAUUCAACCCACAGCAACAGGGCCAAUUUAACCCACAGCAGCAGGGUCAAUUCAAUCCUCAACAACAAGGUCAAUUCAACCCACAGCAACAGGGCCAAUUCCCUUCUCAACAGGGUCAAUUCAAUCCUCAGCAGCAACAGCAACAUCAGCAGCAAGGCCAGUUCAGUCCCCAGCAGCAAGGCCAAUUCGGCGGCCAACCGGGACCAUACGGUGGCCAGCCAGGCGGCGGUCAACAGCCAGGCCAAUCGGGCUUGCAGCCGCAGGUCUCGUAUCUCUACCAAUGCGUUGAUGACAGAGAGCACCGCGGCUGUGUCUACAACAGCCAGAUUGAUCCUCCUUCUGAGACCAAGUAUACUGCUUUCUUGAGCUGUGGUGUUAUGGCCGAGCCGUAA